CUUCUUCCUCUCUCUCUCUCUCUCUCAGCUACCUCCAUCCUUUGUCUUCCCAUUAUCCUUUUCCGAUUAGGUUGAAGGUAAGCAUCCCUACCUUGUUCAGGGAACCUUGUGGGGCAUGCAGGAUCAGGUUGGCAAAGCAAAGAAUCAAACAGCAGUAACCCUACCUUCUCUCUCUCUCUCUCUCUCUCUCUCUGACAUAUUCAUCCUUCCAUAAGGGAGUACAGACAUGGUGAUCUCCGAUCCUUCUUCUUCUUCGUCUUCUUCUUCCUUCAUCCUCUCCUGAUUGAUCUCUUUCCGGAAUCAUCUUUCUCAUGUAAGAAAGAAGCAGGACAGCAGUGUCAUUCUUGGAUCCUUUGAAGAAAAAAGGUGGCAUGAAUAUGGAGGUAUUUAGGCCGAUCCCCUUCGCUGCUUCUACCUCGCUUUCAUCCUACUCCUCCCUUCGGCUUGGUCAUGCUGAUGCUGCCGACUGCUCCGCUCCUCCCGUGGAGCGCGAGCACAUGUUCCACAAGGUAGUCACACCGAGCGAUGUCGGUAAGCUGAACCGCCUUGUGAUCCCCAAGCACUACGCAGAGAAGUACUUCCCCCUCGACCCCUCGUCGGCGGACAAGGGCAUCCACCUCUGCUUCGAGGACCCCAACGGCAAGCACUGGGAGUUCCGCUACUCGUACUGGAACAGCAGCCAGAGCUACGUGAUGACCAAGGGAUGGAGCCGGUUCGUGAAGGACAAGCAGCUCGAUUCCGGAGACACCGUCUCCUUCAGCCGUGCCACCGCCGGAGAGUCUGGACACGGCCGCUUCUUCAUCGACUGGCACCGGCCCGAACCAACCUGGCGACGCCCGGCCCUUCCCGUCCUGCAAUUCUCACCCUGGGGUAAGCUUUUCUCACCCACCAUGCCCGCCGUGCACGGUGCUGCGGACCUCGGGAGGCCACAGCUGUUUCAUCGAGCGAUGCCCCAGCCGCCGCAGCAAACCAGGGUGCAAGUCGGUGGUGGAAUGGCCGGCACGCCGCUAGUUCUGGAAUCAGUGCCGGUGCGUCGUCGCAUGGCCGAGCCAAGGCGAGUCCGGCUGUUCGGAGUCGACCUCGAAUGGUCCGAGAUGGAUGGCCAUGGAGAGACCUCCAUGGGCACUGCAGGUCCUGCCUAAACUCUCCCUCCACUGGAAGCAGGAUCAAACAAGCCACCACUCAACGAGGAAGAAGGAAAGGGAGAGAAGCAGCCAUCAUGCCGUUGCUUCAUAGAAAGAGAUUGCAGGAUCCUAUCAUUCUUUUUGUUUUCCUUGCCAUCUUUAGCCUAAGAAAUAAUUCUAAUCUCUUGCUGUGAGUAUGAGUUUGGAUGAGAGGAGAGAAAGGAUUGGGUCGCAUGUCAACAAAGACAUGAUUGCUGUAUCUCUUCUAUCUUAGAUAUGAGCUAUAGGACUCCAAUCACAUAUAUGUCAAGACAUCUAACUACAUGAGGUUGUAAUCCAAUCUUUUGGUUCAGUAGUUGAACUAUGUUCUUACUUGCUCUUUCUUGAGGAACCCUUUUCCCUUGUCAUUUUUGCUAGGGUUCUCCCAGCUUUCUCCUGCAUGUUCCAAACAC